UCGCGGUGCCGGCCCCGCCCGCGCCCGGCCUCCGCCGCCACCGCCCGCGGAAGAUGGCGGACGGCGGAGCUGCUCCCGCGCAGCGGGAAGGGGAAACGUCUGCGGCGGCCGCGGGCGCCCGGAGGGAUCGACAGCCCCGGAGCGGCGGCCGCCCCCCCAGCGCCCGGGAUUUGCAGCUGGCCUUGGCAGAGCUAUAUGAAGAUGAAGCUAAAAGGCAGGCACUGGGUCCUGAGAAGCCAACAACCACAAAGCUCAGUAACACAAAAGUAUCACAGUGUCUUAAAAUUGAUCCUCUGAGAAGGUUGAGAAAGCCAGAGAGAAGCAUGAGUGAUGACAAAGAAAACCAAAGAUUUUAUGCAGGUGACUCAGAAUAUGGAGGACUGCAGCUGUCUGGGGCUUCUAAUAAUCCAAGUAAAAUUGUUGCUGAGCUCUUCAAGGAAGCAAGAGAGCAUGGGGCUGUCCCGUUGGAUGAAGCCUCAAGAGCAUCUGCUGACUUCAGCAAAGCUAAGUCAUUUUCUGGUGGUGGAUAUAGAUUGGGUGACUCAUCACAGAAGCACUCUGAAUAUAUUUAUGGAGAAAAUCAAGAUGUUCAAAUUUUGCUGAAACUAUGGAGGAAUGGCUUCAGUUUAGAUGAUGGCGAGCUGAGAUCCUAUUCAGACCCAAUAAAUGCUCAAUUUCUGGAGUCUGUUAAAAGAGGGGAAAUUCCUGUGGAACUGCAGCGACUUGUUCAUGGUGGCCAGGUAAAUCUGGACAUGGAAGACCACCAAGAACAAGAGUAUGUGAAGCCCAGACUGCGAUUCAAAGCGUUCAGUGGUGAGGGACAAAAACUUGGGAGCCUUACACCUGAAAUAGUCAGCACACCAUCUUCCCCAGAGGAGGAGGAGAAAUCCAUCCUGAAUGCACCUGUUCUGAUCGAUGAUUCCAUGCCAGCAACUAAAAUUCAGAUUAGAUUAGCUGAUGGAAGCCGAUUAAUACAAAGGUUCAAUCAGACACACAGGAUCAAGGAUAUUCGGGAUUUCAUCAUCCAGUCCCGCCCAGCCUUUGCAGCAAGCGAUUUUGUUCUUGUGACCACGUUUCCAAACAGAGAGCUCACAGACGAGAGCCUGACGCUACGAGAAGCAGACAUACUGAACACUGUGAUUCUCCAGCAAUUAAAGUAACCUUACAGCUCUUUGUACACCCUGGGGAACUUGGUGUACUGCCAUACAAUAUGUUUCCAGCAGAACAACAACAACAACAAAAAAAAGAAGGAACUAUUAUUCCCCACUUCCCCAGAUCAGAAUCUUGGGCUCCAUGUCUUCCAGCUCUAGCAUAUCUUUCCUGUUUUAAUUUCUCAACAUCAUUUGUUGGUUUGGGUUGGGGUUUUUUUUCAGUGUUAAAAUUAAGCUUCCCUCUGUUUAGUAUUUUGCAACCCCCAUUUUGUAUUAAAUGUGAAAUGAGGUUGUG